AUGAGGAUGAUGAGGAGGAUGAAGAGCAGGAUGAAGAUUAUGAUGAUGAGAAUGAGGAAGAGGAGGAGGAUGAUAGGGAUGAGGAUAACCAUGAUGAGGAGGAUGAUGGGGGAGAAUGAAUAUGAUGAUGAGGAGGAUGAUGGAGAUGAGGAUAAAGAUGAGGAGCAUGAUGAUGGGGAUGAGCAUAAUGAUGAGGAUGAAGAUGAUGAUGAAGAGAAGAUGGAGCAUAAUGAUGAGGAUGAAGAUGAUGAUGAGGAGAAGAGGAUGAGGAUAACAAUGAUGAGGAGGAUGAUGGGGCAGGAUGAAGAUGAUGAGGGUGAUGGGGAUGAGGAUAACCAUGUUGAAGAGGAGUCUGGGCGCCCCAUCAGCGUCAUGGUGGUGUUCAUCACCCCCAGCCCCCUGAGCAAGAUCUCCUGGGUGAACCGGCUGCACCUGGCCAAGAUCGGCCUGCGGGACGAGAACCAGCCGGGCUGGCUCUGCCCCGACGAGGACAGGAAGAGCCGAGCUCCCUUCUGGUGCCCCAUCCUCUCCUGCCACAUUCCAGCCUUCUCCUCCAAAGCCUUGGACCUGCAGCUCGGAGCUGCCGUCCACAAUCCCGUCCAUUCCUCGCUCCUGGGGUUCUCAGCUGUCAGCACCUCCCUGCCCCAGGGCUUCCUGUGGGUGGGAGGGGGGCAGGAGGGGGCAGGGGGGCAGGUGGAGAUCUUCUCCCUGAACCGCUCCGUGCCCCGAACCGUCAAAUCCUUCCCGGUGCCGGCCCCGGUGCUGUGCAUGGAAUUCAUCCCGGAGCCGCAUCCCGAGGAUCCCGCGGAGCAGGGAACGGCCCCGGACCCGACCGCCAACGCCCCCCACCCCGCAGUGUGCCUGGGGCUGCAGGACGGGAGCCUGCUGGUGUUCGGGGCGGUGGCGGCGGGGACGCCGGUGCUGCAGCGCUGCCGCGUGCCGGGCGCGGUGCCCGUGCUGUGCCUGCGGAACAGCCCCGCGUUCCUGCUGGCCGGGCUGCAGGACGGCAGCGUGGCCGCCUUCCCCCGCAACCACGAGGGUCUGUGGGACGCGGGCUCGGUGCGGGUGGUCCGGGUGGGGCCGGGCCCCGUGCGGGCGCUGCUGGCGCUGGAGGAGUCGCUCUGGGCCAGCUCCCAGAACCUCGUCAGCGUCCUGGGGACUCCCGAGCUGCAGAGCCAGCACUGUUUCGAGGCGCACCCGGAGCCCGCGGCAGCGGUGACGCUGAUGGUGCGGGCGGGCAGCGGGGUCUGGAUGGCCUUUGCCGAGGGCUCCUCCAUCCGCCUGUUCCACACGGAGACCCAGGAGCACCUCCAGGAGAUCAACGUGGCCACCAGGACCACCCUGCUGCUGCCCGGGCAGAAGCUCGUGCGCGUCACCAGCCUCCUGCUGUGCCAGGGCUCGCUCUGGGUGGGGACGGAUCUGGGAAUCAUCGUCCUGCUGCCCGUGCCGCGCCUGGAGGGCAUCCCGAAAAUCACCGGGAAGGGGAUGGUGUCCCUGAACGGCCACGCCGGCCCCGUGCAGUUCCUGGCGCUGGCUCUGAGCACUUUGGCCCCCGACGCCCUCCGGACCGAGCAGGACGAGCCCGACGAGGCCGAGGAGGAGAAAUCCCCGGAUCCGGAGGGGCUCCAGCCGCGGGAAAUGCGGAAAAAAGGGAUUUUGUUACAAUACCGGCUGCGCUCCACGGCCCACCUGCCCGGGCAGCUGCUCUCCGUGCGGGAAGCGGCACCGGGAACGCCGGGAACGCCGGGACACGCCGAGGAGGAUGGAUCCAUCUACGAGCUGGCCGACGAUCCCGACGUGUGGGUGCGGAGCCGGCCCUGCUCCCGGGAUUCUUCCCGCAAGGAAAUCUCCUCCGUGGCCAUCGUGUCCGGAGGCCGCGGGUACCGGGAUUUCCGGGCGGAAUCCGCGCGCCGCUCCGGAGCCGCCGACAGCUCCCUGCUCAUCUGGCAGCUCCCGCUGGCGCUCUGAGCCCGCCUGGAAUUCCCGAAUUUCCUACCUCAGGAGUCCCCCGAAUUCCCGGGAGCGGCGCCGCCCUGGGCGCUUGAGCCGCUGCGAGGAAGAAAACUGGGAAAAAGCGCGGGAUUCUCCCCCAGAUCCAGCGGAUCUGGAGCUGGGAGCGGCGGGGUUUGCCCGGUUUCCCUGCGUGUGUGUGUGUGUGUGUGUGGGUAAUCCCUAGAGAUAGAAAUCCCUGGAUUAUAAAUAGGCUGUAAAUUAUUACCUGUAAAAAGAAGGAAUCUGUAUAUAUUGGGAAUGCCGGGAAGAGCGGGAGCAGCUCCCGAAAAAGCGGCUCCGGCUGCAAUAUCCACUUCUGUUCCCAACUGGGAAUUUGAGGAUCUUCCAUACUGAAAUCCCCUGGAUUUGGGAGCCGAGCCCACUCGGCUUCCCGAGGAAAGGAAAACAGGGGAAGCGUGGAAAUAAAUCCCAUAGGAAUGGCCG